AUGAAGUAUAUUUCAUCAGUGUUGUUUUUACUUUCUGUUUACGCAACCAGUGUUUCUGCUGUCAUAUACACGGUCUACCUCGGGGUUUCGUCUGAUGACGAAACACUUCCCACAGGCUUGUCUUCUAUCCAUGAAGGCGCUGGUAUCAACUACUUCUUCUUGGGUGAGGGUUCUCAGAACUUGACCUAUGACGAUGAUCAGAAACUUCUUUACUUUGACUCGACUCCUGAAGUUCGUCAAUUCUUUUCGGUUGUUGGAAACAUUGUUCAGUUGACAGUUGCACCCGAUGCUACCGAAGUAAAUGUUGAUGGUCCAUUGUUGGCUUUCCAGGGCUCCACUGGUGGCUUCUAUGCUCAGAAGAAUAUCAAUGAUCCUUACAGAUACUCUCAAAACAGUUAUGCUUUGGUUCACUACGAUUCAGAUGCUCCAGAAGAUGCCAUUCCAGUAAAUGUC